AUGCCGUUGGUGAAGAGGAGUAUUGAGCCCAGGCACCUGUGCCACACGGUGCUGCCGCGGGCCAUCAAGAACGAGCUGGAGUGUGUGACCAAUGUGUCCCUAGCUAACGUCAUUCGACAGCUCAGCAGCCUCAGUAAGUACGCAGAGGAUCUUUUUGGGGAGCUGUUCAACGAGGCCCACUCCUUCUCCUUCCGGGUCAACUCCCUGCAGGAGCGCGUGGACCUCCUCUCUAUCAGCGUCACUCAGCUCGAUCCUAAGGAGGAGGAGCUAUCUCUCCAGGACAUUACUAUGAGGAAGGCAUUUAGGAGCUCCACCAUCCAGGACCAGCAGCUGUUUUCCCGCCAGUCGCUGCCCAUCCCCCUGCAGGAGACGUUUGACCUCUGCGAGCAGCCACCACCCCUCAACAUCCUCACACCCUACAGGGAUGAUGGUAAGGAGGGGCUGAAGUUCUACACAAACCCCUCCUACUUCUUUGACCUGUGGAGAGAGAAGAUGCUGCAGGACACGGAGGACAAGAGGAAAGAGAAGAGGAAACAGAAGGUAAGGGGAAACGACCGUACUCUGGAGACUGAGAAGGUACCGCGGGUGCCUCAUGACCGGAAGAAGGAGUGGCAGAAACUGGCGCUGGGGGCAGAGCUAGCUGAGGACGACUCUGAGGAGGCCUUGAAAGAAAGAGAGGCUAACGGUUCCGCCACCUACCACGACAGAGCUCCUAUGUACUUGGAAGGGAUGGACGGGCCGUUCUCCCUAGCAGCGCUGCCCUACAGUCAAAUGAACGAGCUGCUGAACCGUCCUGGGGACAGAAUGUACACGCGACCCCAUGACCCCCCACCACUGCCCCCCAUGCACCUUCUGGGAGACAUCAAACCCCCCUCCAUGAUCAGCUCCAGUUCAGGUUUUUCAGACAGCAGACCCCAGUCUCCAGCACAGAUGCAUGGCUUCAAUUCCAACACCCCUCCCCCCCCGCCUCCCCCCUUGCCUCCUCCACCUCCCCCCUUGCCUUCCAUGUCCAGCUCUGGCCCACGGGGCACCCCUCCUCCCCCUAUCCCUCCUCUACCAGUCCAGCAGCAGCCCCCCGCCAUCCCCCCUCCCCCCGCCCCCCUCCAGAUCGCCCCUGGCGUCCUCCACCCUGCCCCUCCUCCCGUGGCUCCUCCCCUCCACCUCUCCUCCCCGGCCCGCCGCCAAAAGAUCCUGGACAAGGGCCCGCCCCCUGGCCAAUCAGAUGGCACUGUACUGCCCCCGCCCCCUCCUCCUCCUCUGCCUCUCCCAGGAGCACGGAGCUCCUCCCCCUGCCCGCCGGGCCCGCCCCCCGUGCCUUCCUUCCUGUCAGGUGCCGUGGGGUCCCCAGCCUCUCACUCCAGUGGGAAGAAACAUUCUGCCAGCCUGCCGCCCAUCAGCGAUGCACGCAGCAUCUUAUUGGAGGCCAUCCGCAAAGGUAUCCAGCUCAGGAAGGUGGAAGAGCAGAGGGAGCAGGAGGCGGCCAAACACGAGCGUGUGGGGAACGACGUGGCCACCAUCCUGUCCCGACGCAUCGCCGUCGAGUACUCCGACUCGGAGGAUGAGUCCGAGUUCGACGAGGGAGACUGGAUGGAGUGA